UCUGUUCGUGUCUGCCAUAUUGUAUUUAUUGAUUAAGAUAUAGUCACUUCCGGGUGUUUUCGAAAAUUUUGGAAUUUCAAGUUUUAUUAAUCAUGGUUUAAAUAUUCUUGAUAUAUAUAGUUUGCCAAAUAAAGCAAAAUGGCUUUCACAGAAAAGAUAGGCAAUAUACCAUUUGCCUCACUGAUAGCAUGUAUUAUUGUGUUUGUUGGAGUCGGGGUAUUUUGUGGCACGUUAUAUCGUGCGCUGACAAUCAUUAUUAAGUCUGUAAUGCAGGAGCUCUUCCAAUUCAACGUAUCAUGGUUGGAGGUACUACAGAUUGUAUUUAUAGUGAUUGCUGUAGUGAUGGCACUGUUUGCCAUACUUCUGUUGAUAUUUUCUUUCCUAGCAACAGGAGCAACUAGAAAGAAUGUUUAUUCUGGAGCCAGUUGCAUUAUGGGUGGCCGAAUUUCAGCAGCAUUUUUUAUGGUGAUAUCGUACAUCUUGAACCUAGCCUGGCUGGUGAUCAUGUCUGUUGGUGUUAUACCAGUGAUUGUUUACCUCAUGUUGAGGUCAAUAUGUAACACAGAGAUAUACAGUAAAGAUGCUGCAAGCCUCACAAAUUAUUGUUUCAGUCUGACACAGUUUGGUGUGUAUAGAAAUCAGAGUUAUCCUCUCAAUAUACAAGCACCUGGUAAGGAAGAGUUAUGUGGACAUACAGAACUAAGAAGAUUCUGUGAUAGAAUAGAAGAGGCUGGCCCACUAUUUUGUAUAGCCUAUGUUGGUGCAGCUUUAAUCUGCCUAGGCAUGUUACACUUUAUGAUAACAUUGGCCGCAAACUACACGCGAAUCAGGAUAUCGAAAGAGCUGACUGAUUAUCGUGAUGCCGUUGACAUGGAAGAGCUGGAACUUCACUCCAACAUGGACAAGACCUCGACACAGCAGUACUGACAUACAACACGCUGGCUGGACCCCUCAUCGAGACUCACACGCGAUAAUGAUGAUGAUAGUGCGUACUCGGAUGAAGCUUUCGACUAGAGGGUGUAUAAUAAGUGACCACAGGGAUUGACAUUCCAAAUAUGCUGAUAUAAACUAUACAAACAUUGACAUUGAAUGCAAUGAUAUUACAUUUCGAGCCAGUUUGAAGUCAAAUAAUCCCAAUUCAAUCUGAUGGACAGUUUCAUUAUAUUAUUUUCAUCACCUUUUUCUUCACACAAUAUUCUAGUUAUAUUUUCAUGUAUAUGAGAUGCAGCUGGUAUGCGUGUAUAAUGAUACAAAUGAUAGACAAUGAAGCAGAUGUAUAGAUGCCCUACUUUGUAUAUGUAAGGUUGACUGACACAUAUAAUUGGAAAAAAAGAACAAUUUUUUUGUUAUGCAGAAGUUCAGUAAGGUUUCUCAUGUCUUCUACAGUUAGGAAAGGUUAAUCUGUAAGA